GGAUCCUUUUGCAUCGAACGCUGACUCGCAGUGAUUUGACACAAUGUCAGAUGAUACCCACUCCCGUCUACAGGCUAACCACGAUCAGCUGGUCUCCCAAUAUGAAGGCAACCUCGAGAAUGUAUUAGCCCUCCAAGAAACCCUUAUUCAGGAUGUGCUUCCCCAUGUGACCGACGAACUUCAAAUGGGAGGCGAAACUGUCAACUGGGCAAAGGAAUGGCUACAGGAUACAUCAACUAUCUUCCGCCUGUUAAGGCGUCAUAAGUUUACCCGUUCGUUUGCUCUGGAGUCUGUCCGCACAAUCCUUAUAUGGCGUGUCAAAAAUCUCUUACCCCUUCUAAGUCGCCCAUAUACGAGAGUGCUGCGCUGUCUACCCCCUCCUGCGUCUGAUCCCUUCGGCAGACCCAUCGUCAUAAUAAAAGUGUCAGAGCUUCCGCUUGCAUCCGAGGACUUAAAACCCACACUAUGGCUCGCUAUCGAGCGUCUGCGGCUACAU